AUGAUUUCAGAGUUGGUUUGGCAGAAGAUUACGAUCGAUGAGUUUGAUAUGCUCCGUGAUGGAGAUAAAGUUCUUAUUUGCAUUUCUGGCAGCAGUUCAUCGAUCUGUUUGUUACAUCUUCUUCGACAAUUCACUCGAGUUCGUGGUCUUCAUGUUGAAUUUGGAGCAGUUACAAUAGGUGAAAGUGUCGGACUUGAUCCAAGAGCGCUUAUGUUAUAUUUGAGGGAUCUUGGAAUUGAUUUCAUUUUUGAAGCAUCAGAUCCUGCAGUGUCACUAAAGACAAGAUUAUCAACGAUUGCCCGAAGAAAAGGUUUCAACGUUGUCGCUUUAGGAAAUACUUUAGAUAAGUUAGCUGACGAUGUGUUGAAGAGAUCUCAAAGUCAUCAAACCACUCAUUUUUAUUCGAGAAAGAAUCCUAGAAGACUUUUCAAUUCAAAAGAAUCUUCCAUCGCGACCUUCAAGGAUCUUCUCACGAAUGCCUGA